UAGACAGUUUAUAUAAUGAGCAGCGCGGACACAAAGCCAGUAUAAAUACUCCGGGACGCAAGAAACAAGUCUUCAUUCACGAAUUACACGAGAAGCGCGAGGAUACCCAACAGCGCAAUGCUGACGCACAAAGUUUAGAACCAAAACAAGACAUUACCAUUGACAUUAAACACAUCGGUGUGCUCACUGUGGAAUAUUAAACAUGCUCCGUGGAUAUCUUGAGCCGAAGGGGAAUAAGACUGGAUGCUGAUUUGCCAGUUUCACCUUCACCUUUUGGAUAACCUGGAAAUUUGACGUGCUCCUGCACACUGAAGUGACGUGCAUGUGGACGCGGAGCGGGAUAUACCUUUUUACUCUUCGGCAUUUGUUUUCAUUGCACCCUUUUUCAUUGGAAUAGGCUCUUUCGUGGAAUAUAAUCGUGGGUGACGCGGCUGCCCAGGACAAUCGAAAAGCAUGGCAGCUUGGCUCACCUUUCUCAUCGCAUUUUUCACGACCGUUUUGACGCAGAUAUUUGGAUCUGGUGUUUUCGAACUCGACCUUCACGAAUUCAAAAAUUUCAAAGGCUUGCUCGCAAAUGGCAAUUUAUGCAAGCCUGACUGCAGGACUUUCUUCAGAGUUUGCCUAAAAAACUACCAGGUGGUCGUGUCUCCAGGUGACUGUAUCUUUGGAAGUGCCAUAACGCCUGUGCUGGGGACAAACUCAUUCAGUAUCAUGGGAGGUGGCUCUUUCAGCACACCAAUUCGACUGCCGUUCAACUUUGGGUGGCCGGGAUCAUUUUCAUUGAUUAUUGAGGCCUGGCACUCACCUUACGCGGAUCUACCUGUAGACACAUACAACCCCGAAUUACAGAUAAGCUUUUUUGCCAUCCAGAGAAAGUUGGAAGUAGGGGCUGAAUGGUCUCAGGAUGUUCAAAGCGGGAAGCAGAUGGAGCUAAGGUAUUCUUACCGGUUCAUCUGCAAUGAAAAUUACUACGGCGACAGUUGUUCCAAAAAAUGCACGCCCAGGGACGACCGUUUUGGCCACUACACCUGCAACCCAGAUGGACAGUUAUCCUGUCUCCCUGGCUGGAAGGGGGAGUACUGCGAAGAACCGAUCUGUCUGGAGGGGUGCAGUGAGGCGAAUGGCAAUUGCUCCAAACCUGGAGAGUGUGUGUGCAGAGAAGGAUGGCAGGGUAAACUUUGUACGGAGUGUAGAAAAUAUCCAGCCUGUAAACACGGCACCUGUCAACAGCCAUGGCAGUGCAACUGUAAAGAGGGCUGGGGUGGACUGUUCUGUGACCAAGAUUUGAAUUUUUGCACACAUCACAAGCCAUGUGUGAACGGAGCCACAUGUAUGAAUACAGGUCAGGGCAGUUACACCUGCACCUGUCGGCCUGGUUUCACCGGGGUCAAUUGCGAGCUUGAGGUGCGAGAGUGUGACAGCAGCCCAUGCAAGAACGGAGGUCUUUGCUCAGAUCUUGAUAAAGGUUACAUCUGCACCUGUCUGCCUGGCUUUGAGGGAGCUCACUGUGAACACAGUCUGCUCACCUGCGCAGACUCGCCGUGCUUUCAUGGCGGCAGAUGCCACGAGAAGGAUAACGGGCGUAGCUAUGCGUGUGACUGUCCCAGAGGCUACACUGGUCUCAACUGCGAAAGAAGAGUGGACAAAUGCACGACUCUGCCGUGUGCCAAUGAUGGCUUGUGUGUGGUCCUGGGGGGCGUUCGCAUGUGCAGCUGUCGAGCGGGCUUCACUGGCCAGCGCUGUGAGAUCAACAUCAACGACUGCGCCAACAACCCCUGUGCUAAUGGCGGCACGUGCUACGACCGCAUCAACGACUACGUCUGCUCCUGCGCCCCGGGAUACGAAGGCCGCAACUGCGACCGGCCCUCCAACGCCUGCUCGUCCAGACCCUGCCUCAACGGCGGCUCCUGCGUGGGCAUCCCAGGGAACCCGCCUGCCUGCUUCUGCCCCAGCGGCUUCACCGGACCCCACUGCGAAUACUACUCGGUCACCGCUCCCGUGAGCAAAGGAGAACCUCAAGACUCCUUCCAGUGGGCCGCGGUCUCUCUGGCCGUGGGUUUGGUGGCUCUCGUGGUUCUGCUCUGCAUGGUGGUCAUUGCCCUGCGCCACAUUCACAGGCAGGCGUCUGGGGAAAGGACUCGAGGCGAGGCAAUGAACAACAUGUCUAAAUCGCAAAGAGACAACUUGAUCCCCACCUCACAGCUGAAGAACACUAAUAAGCAGGUCAGCCUAGAGGUGGACUGCGCACCUGACAAAUCGAAUUACAUACACAAGAACUGCCACUUGGACUACAAUUCAUCGAAAGAGUUCAAGGACAUCGUAUCCCAAGAGGACAAAAGUCAUAAAUACGAAAAGUGUUUAGAAGAGAAAAUACCAUUGAGUAGAAUGUACAGGGAAAAGCCAGAGUGUAGGAUAUCAACGAUAUGUUCCCCAAGGGACUCCAUGUACCAGUCUGUGUUUGUAAUAGCAGAGGAGAGGAGUGAAUGUGUCAUAGCAACUGAGGUAUAAAUUACAGGCUGAUGUCUAUGAAGAGAGGAGACAAAAACACAAUCAAACUAAAAUCUUUUCUGGAUUGUUUACAAAAAUCUUAAGAGACUGGAGAUUUAUAUCGACAUCCACUGCUGCACUGAGAAACUUGAGAAACUGGAGAGAGCAGAGUCCUGCUCAUCGAAUGCAAUAGUUUAGUUUUAUGUUGAAGAAGUGUUUAUGUACAAACGUGUACAGUCCUGGAUGAUUUCUGAACUCUUCUGCUACGGUAUGGUUUUUUUUUUUUCCCCCGUGGGCUGAAAGGAAAAGGGACUUAAAAAAAAAAAAAUGUUUAAAAGAUCCUUUUGCGGUAAUCAUGGACACAUUGUCCGCCAAGUAAUCAAAGGAAGGUGCCAGGGACUUCCAAAACCUUCAACCAGCAUUGCCAGCUAUGCAAGAAUGAGGAGGGGAGCACCAAUCAGAGCUUACCCAUACAAAUCAAUGAUGAGCAUUAUGAAUGUCUGAGAAGAAAAAAAAACUGCUUACAUCAAUCAUAUAAAAAGACUUUUUGCUCUCCUCUCUACAAUAAGCAGCUGAAAAUUCACGAAAAAGCCUUAAAAGAAUUAAAUCGAGUGCUAUGUUUGUGCCCAGGGUCUUCUUGGAUUGUUUUUGAGAUUUUGAUCAACAUGGGGGGGAAAAAAGAAGAGAAGAAAAAUAACCUACAGAAAUGUAAUACGCAAAACUGUGCCAGCAAGAUCCAAGAAGUUCUCUUGACUUCUUUUAUGCAACAUAGACCAUGAGUACAAGACAAAAAAAUGGACAAAAACAAAGCAACUGCUCACCACUGACUGCCUAUAAUUAGUUUUGAGAAUACAGAACCAAUAAUGUAAUUUUUUUAAAAAGUGAUUAUUUCCAGAUUUAAUUUAAUAAUGAAACACUGCUCUUUAUAUGUUUUAUACUAUUAUUUUGUAUAUAAUGCAUAUUUAUAAGAAACCAAACAUCUGAAGAAUAAAAAGUUAAUUCUUUCAAGCUA